UCUAGACCAAUCUCUUUCAAACUCUAAAAUUUGUUUUGAAAACCCAAAUGGCUCCUCCUAAACUUGUAAGUAAAACCACCAAGGCCACAAGCCUGGUCAAGGCGGCGAGCCUGACGAGCCGAGCUUAUGUCACGUUCUUGGCUGGGAACGGUGACUACGUGAAGGGCGUUGUUGGGCUGGCCAAGGGCUUGAGAAAGGUCCAGACAGCGUACCCACUUGUGGUGGCAGUGCUGCCAGACGUGCCGGAGGAGCACCGCUGUAUGCUGGUGGCUCAGGGCUGCAUAGUCCGUGAGAUCGAACCGGUUUACCCACCUGAGAACCAGACCCAGUUCGCUAUGGCCUACUACGUCAUCAACUACUCCAAGCUUCGCAUCUGGGAGUUUGUGGAGUACCAUAAGAUGAUAUAUUUGGACGGCGACAUUCAGGUGUUUGAAAAUAUAGACCACCUUUUUGACAAUCCAAAUGGAUACUUUUAUGCUGUGAAAGAUUGUUUCUGCGAGAAGACAUGGUCUCACACCCCACAGUACAAGAUUGGGUACUGUCAACAAUGUCCUAAUAAGGUCCAAUGGCCUGCUGAAUUGGGUCCCAAGCCUCCUCUCUAUUUCAAUGCUGGCAUGUUUGUAUAUGAGCCUAGUCUCUCCGUCUACGAAGACCUCUUGAACACUCUCAAAAUCAUCCCUCCUACCCCUUUUGCUGAGCAGGACUUUUUGAACAUGUUCUUUAAGGAUGUUUACAAACCUAUCUCACCAAUUUACAACCUUGUUUUGGACUUGUUGUGGCGCCACCCAGAGAGCAUUAAGCUUGAUAAAGUGAAAGUAAUUCACUACUGUGCUGCGGGAUCGAAGCCAUGGAGGUAUACUGGGAAAGAAGAGAACAUGGAUAGGGAAGACAUCAAAAUGCUAGUAAAGAAAUGGUGGGACAUAUACAAUGAUGAGUCAUUGGAUUACAAGACUAACAUAUUACUCAUUGAAGGGGUGGCACUGUCGGAGACCAGUGUUGGUCAUUACAUGCCCGCUCCAUCCGCUGCUUAGCCUUAUUUUUGGAGG